GCUGGGGAGAGAGAGGACUCCAUUUCCCAGGAGGCGUUGCGGGCUGGGGCAUGCGCACUGCGGGCGGGGCCCGGGUGUUGUGAUCCAGCUGUAGACAGAUUCCUGUAGGCCUGGUGGGGUCCACGCUUCCUCCAUGAUGACCGGUUGCGGGUCAUCCCUCCUCAUCUCUCCGUACAGCUGAUACGCGACAAACGUGAACGGUUCACAGCUGGAAAAUGGCCGACAGUUUGAAGAGUUUUCUGCAGGACCUUGCCCGGGGUAUUAAAGACUCCAUUUGGGGAAUUUGUACGAUCUCCAAGCUCGAUGCUCGGAUUCAGCAGAGGAGGGAGGAGCAGCGGAAGCGCCGUGCCAAUAGCGCACUGGCCCAGAGACGGGCGCAGAGCGAGGAGAGAAAGCCGGAGAAUGAGCCUCGUAUUGUCACCCGGAUCUUUCAGUGUUGUGCUUGGAAUGGUGGAGUCUUCUGGUUGAGUCUCUUCUUGUUCUACCGAAUGUUCAUCCCAUUGCUGCAGUCAGUCACAGCGCGGAUAAUUGGUGACCCGUCAUUGCAUGGAGAUGUCUGGACCUGGCUGGAGUUCAUCCUCACGUCUGUGUUUAGUGCCCUCUGGGUCCUGCCGCUCUUUGUUCUCAGCAAAGUGGUCAACGCCAUCUGGUUCCAGGACAUUGCAGAUUUGGCCUUUGAGAUGUCUGGAAGAAAAGCACAGCCCUUCCCCAGUGUCAGUAAGAUCAUUGCCGACAUGCUGUUUAAUCUACUGCUGCAGGCGCUCUUCCUCAUCCAGGGCAUGUUUGUCAGUCUCUUCCCGAUCGAUGUCAUCGGACAGCUCAUCAGUCUCCUCCACAUGUCUCUGCUCUAUUCCCUCUACUGUUUUGAGUAUCGAUGGUUCAACAAAGGGGUGGAAAUGCAUCAGCGGUUAUCCAACAUUGAGCGCAACUGGCCCUAUUACUUUGGAUUCGGUUUACCCCUGGCCUCCCUGACAGCCAUGCAGUCAUCCUAUAUCAUCAGUGGCUGUCUCUUCUCCAUUCUCUUCCCGCUCUUCAUCAUCAGUGCUAACGAAGCAAAGACCCCUGGGAAAGCGUAUCACUUCCAGUUGCGUCUCUUCUCGCUGGUCGUCUUCCUCAGCAACCGGCUCUUUCACAAGACCGUCUACCUGCAGUCCACGCUGAGCGCCUCCACCAGUCCACACCAGUCGCCUGCCAAACACAAGGUCACUUCGGGACACUGAUCGAACACGGAAGAAGUCCGUCCCCUCCGCCAUGUUUCUAACCCUUUGUGACUGGCGCAAAUCUUGUGCCAUGUUGGUUAUUUCUGUUUUCCUCCCUAGUAGCUGGGACCUUUGGAUCCGUCAGUUUGUGAACCUCGGAAGUGUGUCAAAAUAGUGACUGCGCCCCGGAUCCCCCUCUUUUUACAGUUUGUAGAGAAACCUGAAAACUUCGCCAUCCCCAACAUUCUAUUCGCGUAGAGUAACCCGCUCUGGUGCUGAGGUGUAUGUACAGACGUGCUGAGUGUUUCUGACCAUGUAGUUUACAGCACAGGAACUUGGACCACACUAGGCAGUUAGGCCUCUGUUGAGCAAGUACCGAGUUCAUGACCUUGUGAUACCUUGUAUGAAAUGAGCGUGAAUUACCCAUCUUACGUUACAUGGGACUGUGGUGACUUUUCCGCCAGGUGUUUUCCCUUGAUAAAUAGGAGUCUCUGAGCACUGACAGCCAGUCUGUGAGAUUGGUUUUCUGGCAUAAGUACGGCAGGUAUUGAGUGGUUGUCCUGUAAUUACUAAGCACUAUGGAUCCAGCCUUCAGGGAUGAAGAGUUAAUUCCUGUUUUUAAUGUUAAUUAUUUGUGUCUAAUUGAGCUAUGGACAAAAUAUGUCUGAAUUUGACCAUUUUUGUGAUUUUAAAAAGCAGCAAAUGAACAAUUUUUAUGUGA